AAUCUUUUAUUUUGAAACACUGUGACUCAUGACGUCAACAUGUCCCUUCUGUUUACAGCCAAGACCGGAAGUAUCGCCAGCAGCCAUCUGGUUCUCAGCCCUUCGGCACUAUCUCAGGUCAGCAGUAAUCAGUUUGUGUUGAAAAAAAAUAAAAAUGUCAAGAACUAAUCUGAUCGUAAAUGGUACGGAGGUACGUCAUCGUGAUGCCUUAAACGGAACGCGAGAACGAAGCGGAUGUCGUUGCCAGCAUGAGGCAGCUCUCAGACCCGCACACAGCGAACAGAAUGACCUCAGGGGAAGAGAAAGACCACACAGUCACUCUGUAGCAGAGCCACAGCCAGAGGCUCCGUUGGUGGAUGACUGUGAGAGGCUGGGCACUCUUUUCGGGGAGCUCAAUAAGUGUUUGAGGGGCAUUGGUUUCACCCAGCUUUACUUCGGAGAGAAGAUCGUGGAGCCCGUGGUCGUGCUGGUGUUUUGGAUGCUGCUCUGGUUCCUGGGUAUCCAAGCCCUCGGCCUUGUGGGAACUAUAUGCAUUAUUAUCAUUUAUAUCCAGAAAUAACUGAUGUGAAGACAGACAGACACAUGAAGGUUCAUCUGCCACCCACAGCCAGUGCCAGUGAAAGAGAGGAGAGACUCCUUUCUAUAAAAGAUGAGCUAUGUGAAUGUCAUUUGAAAGUUGUACCUGAUCCGUAUAUUUGGGUCUGUGCCAUUUGCCUUCUUUUUAUGUGGGUAAGUAACAAGAGAGUGAGUUAAUGAAGAUAAUCAGAGGAUUUACUUUAACUACUGGAAUGAUUCCUCCGGUCUAUGUGAACUGUGUGUUAGAUACCUUUGAAAAGCAUACUUCCCUUCAAUACUUGCAUUGACAAAAUGGGUGCAUAUUGAUAUACUAACUAUUAUCAAAGAAUAACCAGAUUCUAAUGACAGCUGUACAUAUCAGUUAUAAGGUAAUUACCGUUGUUGAAUGUAUUACUCUUAUUCGCCCAGGUGUCAGUCUUGCAUCCUCCUCACAAUUGCACUAGAGGGCAACCUUCCUCAUUUCCCCCUAAACAUGUCUUGGGAAAUAUACCAGGGAAUGAUAAUCAUGUUAAAACUUGAAUGUGUUAAUACUACUGCAUGUGAAUGUUUUGGGGCUGCUGGGAUAACUUUGAAAGUGUGAAUUAAAUAAAAUGCUCUGAGCAGAGGAAGAAACUGUAUUAAAAUCAAACCUUUUAUGAUAACAGACCUACAUUAUGUGCUGUAAAUUCUUAUUUGGUAUUUUUAUUAGUUGAUUUUACUAUAAUCUGCUCAUGUUGUCUGUUCUUUUCAAAGAUUCAUGUUGCAAUAUCAAUGAAAUCAAAGGAUAAUUUCAUAACGGAAAUAUUUAGUAUAAAAAUUUUGCUACAGUAGAAUAUGUUGCAUGACCCAUAUUCAUCAUCAGAAGUAUGAAAAGGCCUGUUUUUAUUGCACUUUAAGCUUUUUCUUUAUGAAUUAUUAUAUUUGAAAAUUAUUGAACGAACUUUAACUUUUUAAGCAAGGUUAAGCUGCUCUUUAUGUAACUGUGAAUAUCUUCGCAAGAUGGCAUCACUUUAUAUUCAUGAAAAUCAUGUUUGAUUCUGA